AUGAAUUUCAUAGAAACAUUGAAAAGAUUUAGGUUCUUUCAGUAUUCCUACAAAGAACCAGCUGAAUUCUAUUCCCACCAAAUCAAAGUUCCGAAUCUAGUUUCGAAAUUUUCUGGAAUGGAUGUAUUUAGUGCAAACUACAAGAUACCCAAUGUGUGUGUUAUCAUGUCAAUAAUCUACAUGACAGUUUAUUUUUGUAUCAAUACAACAUCGGCAUACGAAUUGCGUCAUAGUACGGAAGAUCUAAUCAAUUGUUGGAUAACUAUUGGUAUCGCAAUUCAAGGCGCCUCAAAAAUCAUCACCUUUGCGAUAUUCCGGAAGAAGCUUGUUUGGCUCCAUCAGUACACCGAGAUGCUCUACAGGGAGGAAUGCAAUUCACGUACAAGAGUUCUGUUAUCAAAAAACGUAUUUCUACUGAGUGUUAUUUUAAAGGCUAUGCUGGUCUGUUAUGCUUUCACGAGUUUUUCAUUAGAUUUUGCUCCUUUGUUGAUACUCGCUUUUACGGGUGAAAAAAUGCUACCAUUUGGAUUCCACGUCCCAUUUAUUGAUCGCUUUUCAUUGUCUGGAUACACGAUCAACUAUUUGGUGCAGAUCGUUUUGACUGUCUUCGUCUCGUCAUGCGACAUGGGUCCUGACUGUAUUUAUAUGCUACUUUCGAUGAAUUCUUUCACACAAAUCGAUUUGAUUAUGGAAUCUCUAAAGGAACUGAGCCGGCGCAUUGAAGCCAAUGACAUUGAAGUAGAUACCUGUUUUGAACACAUUAUUAAACGACAUCAGGAGCAUUUACAGUGA